AUGUUAGAGAAGCUGCUUAUUUACUUAUAAAGGGGGAAUAAAUAAUAAAAAGAUAAUGAAAUAAUAAAUUAUUUCGGCAAUCGUAUAUCAUUAAAUCAUGAUUAAUAGGUGUAUUUGCUAAUAUAUAGAUUAAAAGCAGAAUUCAAAUUGUAAGCUGAUGGAUUACAUAAUUUUGUUAAUCAAUCACAUAUGCAUAUAAUACACCUGAAUUGA